CAAGUUCGCUGAGUUUCGAUGGAAGCCACAGUUCACCAUCUUCCAUAGCAUUAGCGAUCGCCGAAGCGCUAUGUUCUAUAGACGAAGAUGACAAACACACACAAGAAAUUGUUCAAUUAGUGGCACAGACUAAGAAAACGUUUGCGUUGUCCAAUAUAUUUGGAUUGGAGGAUUUUCCGGAGUUCGCGGAACUUUUUGAAGAGGGAGAUGUACCAGGAUCUAACGCAGAACGGGCGAGUGACGCCGCGGCUCUGACUAGUCAAAUUCUGAUGUCGGCACCGGGGAGAGAUAGCUUGAGGGUAAUCUACGACCACCUCCAGUUACACGCAGAGAGGAUAUACAAGGAACUCGGUACGCAAGAGCCUUGCGACAGCUCGGUGCCGCUGAACAAGGCUCCGCUCAUAUACAUCAUGUUCCACAUUGGGAGGCGACCGUUUGAUCAGUUCCUCCGCAACGAAUGGCCAAUGCCGUGGAGUAAGCUGGUCGCUUGCGCAAAGGCCUGGUCGGGCAUAGAAGGCGCACGCGCACACGUCAUGCGCCGCGCUGACGUCAGAGGCGCUAAGACUUGCAAGAGCACGCGACAACUGAUAGAGUUAUAUGCCAUGUUCAAGGCGCCAACUGAAGGACUGCUCUAAGUUUAAUUUUUCUUUAUGAAACUAUUUAUUUAGCUAUGCUGACUUCAGUGGCGCCAAAGACUUGCAAGAGCACGCGGCAACUGCUGGAGUUAUAUGCCAUGUUCAAGGCGCCAACUGAAGGACUAUUGUAGGUCACGUGACACACUGCAGAAGGGCACGUGAUGCGUUGAGCUGACGUCAGAGGCGCUAAGACUUGCAAGAGCACGCGACAACUGAUAGAGUUAUAUGCCAUGUUCAAGGCGCCAACUGAAGGGCUAUUGUAGGUCAUGUGACAUUCCACCGAGUAGCCAAGAAUUGCAAGAGCUUGAGACAACUGUUAGAGUUACAUAAUUAUACUGUGAUUAUGGCGCCAACUCGAGAACUGCUCUAUUAUGACGUACCUUAUACGCCGCGCUAACGUCUGAGGCGCCAAGACUUUCAAGAGCACGCGGCAACUGUUAGAGUUAUAUGCCAUGUUCAAGGCGCCUACUGAACAGCUACUGUAGGUCACGCACGUGACAUACCUCAGAAGGUUACGUAAUGCAGUUUGGUGACGUCAGAGGCGCUAAGACUUGCAAGAGCACGCGACAACUGAUAGAGUUAUAUGCCAUGUUCAAGGCGCCAACUGAAGGACUGCUCUGAGUUUUAUUUUUAUUUAUGAAACUUUUUAUUUAGCUAUGAUAACUUCAGUGGCGCCAAGACUUGCAAGAGCACGCGGCAACUGUUGGGGAUAAUUAUACUCUCUGUUUAAGGCGCCAAAUUAAGGGCUACUGUAGAUCACGUGACAUACCUCAGAAGGUCACAUGAUGCAGUUUGGUGACGUCAGAGGUACCACGACUUGCAAAAGCACGCGACAACUGUUAGAGUUAUAUGCCAUGUUCAAGGCGCCAACUGAAGGACUACUCUAAGUUUUAUUUUUAUUUUAUUUAUUUACUGAGACCGAACAAUUUGAGUGAUGCACUAUGCUGAAUUCAGAUGUGCUAAGACUUGCAAGAGCACGCGACAACUGUUGGAGAUAUAUGCCAUGUUCAAGGCGCCAACUGAAGGGC